AUGUCCGACAUCAUUCAGCCGAGUUUAUGGAAUUUUAACGGCUUUGUCUUGCCUCAGUCAGCCUCGUUCAUCGUCCGAUCAAUCUCCGCUCUAUCCGCAUUCAUUGGAACCAUCUUUAUUCUACCGCUUGUAUUUUUUCUCAUCAUCGAUAUAGCUUUGUGGCUAUGGAGACAUAUCUCUAGGCCCAGCGACGUCCAGACAUGGUCCAGCUCAACCGAACGAACAACUGCUACUAGCCCAUCGGCUGAUGCAGUAAAGCCAAUAAAAGCCAAGAAUCGCAAAGAAAAAUAG